UUUAAUAGCAGACUGCUUUGUCAAUAGGGGGUGCCAGAACUGACACCAUCUGAAACUUUCUCACAGCAGCUUUAGAUAAUUGGGGAUACCUGACUAUGAGAACACACAAAAUGCUUCAUGUAGGACCUUUUAUAAAACACAAGAGAAUAACAUGUUGAUGGUUAUCCUGCUUUUGAUUUAGUGGCUUCUCAGAUAAGAAACAAGCUGCCAUCCAAUUGUGGGACUGUGUGUCUUGGUGUACUUGUUGCUCUCCUGUUGGCUGGUAACAUAGGAUAUCUCAUCUACCACGCCAGCAGUCCCAUGACAGCAGGCCAAAUUCAGGACAACCACCAAAGAGACCAACUGCAGAGAAGGGAUGAGGGCAAACUGAAUAACAUGUCAUAUGACUUGCAGCACUUAGUCAAACAGGUCAGGGAGAUAGUGAAGAUGAUGGUGAGAGUGAGAGACCUUCAAUGUGAGACAGACUGGAAGAUUUUCAGUGGCUCCUAUUACUGCAUUUCAACUGAGAAGAAAUCCUGGACUUCAAGCAGGGAAGACUGCAUCGCUAAGGGAGCUGAUCUGGCCAUCAUAGACAGUCAGGAGGAGAAGGAUCUUCUCAGUGGGCUGGAAAGUUCAGGAGCAGACAUCUGGAUUGGUCUGACUGACAAUGUUCAAGAGGGGACUUGGAUGUGGGUGGAUGGGACCCACGUAACAACUAAGUACUGGGCGGACGGUCAGCCCAACAGCAAAGGAGGGAACCAGGACUGUGGAGAAAUGUGGCUGAAGGGAACGUGGAACGAUGAACUCUGUUCUACUGAAAACAUCUGGAUCUGUGAAAAAUGAGACCUCUGUAAUUUAAAGUCAAUGAUUUUGUGCAUGUACUGUUCAGCCUGAUGAUAUUGUGCAUUGUUCAUUGUAAUCAUUUUGAAAACUGAUACUGAUACUUACCCAAGUGACAAUUGAUAAUUCACUCACAUUUGUAAACAGUCUCCAAAGAACAUACGAGUUACUUCUGUUUCAGUGCUGUGCUGUUGCAAGGAGUCUGUGAGGCUUUUUUUUGAAACCAUAGAUUUUAAUCUGAAGAGGAAACUGGACCAACAGCCGAGUGCCACCAGAGAAAAAACAAUAGGACCAGCCUUUUUCUUAAAUACCCUUAAAGCAACUAUAAGCACACCACAUGUUUUUAUUGUUCAUACCUGGCUUCUGUGGUAUCUCAUGUAGAUGUUUAGAGGCUUUGGAGAUGGUGUGUAGCUUUGUACUGUAAAUCAAAUGUGCUUCAUUCAUCUUUAUGUCUGCUACAUUAUCCUUAUGUUAACUGCUGACUAUAAAAAAUACCUAAACCAGCUUACCCUGCAUAGACAGACACUGGUUUACUUUCAGGUAACGGUCUAUCUGAAAGAUGCAUACAGCACCAACUCCAUAUCAGUCUGCAACUGAACAUAGUUCACUUCAUUAUUUAUCGUGCUAAUUCAUAAUAAAUAUUAUUUCUUUACAAAAAAAGAAGGUUCCAUACUAUUUGUUAUAUUUGUUUUUACAAACACCAAACAUCAAGAUAAGAUAAGACUCAAUCUGAUCUCAUCUUAAUCCACUAUGAGCAGAGCACUUUGCAGCAUUUAGUAAGACACAGCAGCUGAGACAAACUUACCUUGCAUUUUUGGACCACAGAGGAAGAGUAGCCCCUUCAGAGUUUCUGCUUAUGUUUACAUGCACAGCAGCAUUUUAAAGCUCACAGAAAGCUGUAACCCAUCACUGUUUGCUGUCAAACACCUGCCUUCCCUUUCAGUCAACAUGUGUCUUCAUUUUUUCUAAUAAAUGAGGGGCUUAUUUAUUCAAUUUAAAAAUGUCACCUCCUGCAGUUUGAGUUGCGAUUAUGAGCACUUUGGGCUUUAAUAUCUUAGUCUGCUGUUCUUGGUAAAGUCGAAAUAAAAUGAUGAGCUUUCAAA